AUGUCAGUGCAAUACAAUACAACAACAAAAGCUAGAGAAUAUCCUGAUGUCGGCCAUGAUGCAGCAUCCCAUCAUGGCGUUGGCGAUCAGUUCGCUGUCAAUGGAAAUGCUGCUCAGUUUAACGCUGUCGGCCAAGCUGAACAAUAUAACUUCAGUGGAGCAAGCAGCAGCAUGAAUGUGUUUAUCGAUAGCCGAAAUAUUCAAAACAGCGAUUGUGUGGAUUCGAACAUGUCCUUAUCCCGAACCCAGGCGAAUGAAUUCCUAAAAUCAUUGGAAUCUCGUAUGAUGCUGGCCGUGCCGAAGUCAUGGCAAGACUUAAAGUGGGGACAUCGAGAGCAAGCAGUGACGAAAGCAAAUCCCUUCUGGCUUCAACCGAAGUUCCAAACGUGGUGCUCCAAAUCUGAGAACACUCUGCGUUUUGUUAAAGGCUCUUAUCAAAACCGGUCGCAGAUCAAGAAUUUCUGCUUAGAUUUCAUCAAGCUCAUGGAGGAUGCGAGGGUCCCGCUCCUAUGGGCGUUGAAACCGAACGCCUGUGAACGCGCGAAUGGGUUCUCUCCGGAAUGUGUAUUAAGUUACCUGAUAGUGCAAGCAUUGACCGUAUACUUGAACCAGGAAAAGACCUCAGGAAUAUCAGAAAAGCAGGCAGCUCAAAUUCACGGAAAAUUUCAAGAUGCUUCAACCCUCACAGAUUACAUUGAUCUCUUAUGCUCUAGCAUAUCAAUAUCUCGAUUACCUGAGGUCUGUAUCCUUGUCGAUGUACACUUGCUUGAUACCAGACAACAAGGAUUCCGGGGGCAUAUCGAGUUGAUGAAGGCGCUAUCAACCACUCAAAACCGCUUGCAUAAAGACGGCUCUAGGACAGUGGUCAAAGUUCUCUUGGUGAGCUAUGGAGGAGUCAUAUUCGACGACCAUGAAUCAUCAGAUGUGAUAAAGAAUGUUAUCUUGGCUGGUAAUAGUAGGUAUGGGAAGGGUAAGCCGGUACAACGACGCCACGAGGUAGGCCGCUUAGUAUCCUCUCACUUCGGCGGCCGUGGAAGGGUUCGACGCUCGUAA